AUGUACACCACCCUCUACUACAUAGUCACCCGGCUCCCUGACUCUUUCCGCGUAGUCAGGGACCACUUCCUCUCAGUUAGCCCCAUCACUCUCACUGUUGACCUCCUCGAGAAGGCCCUCCUAGCAGCAGAGAAGAGUAUAGUCGCUGUAGGAGCCUCUCGUGGUGACCCUCGCACCCCCGUCUUUGAGGGGUGUUCUCCCUCCCCCCUCUUGCCCUCUGUUGCCUCUGCUACUGCGCCCGACCUCGUUGGUUUCGAGUCGGUCGGCGCUGCGUCUGCCCCGAGCGGGAGAUGCCGCACCGGCAAGGGCAAGGGGGGCAAGGGCGCUGGAGGAGCUGGCGGGGGCGGUGGAGGUGGUGGUGGAGGCAGUGGAGGGAGUGGGGAUGGUGGUGGGAGUGGUGCUGGGGGUGGCGGCGGCGGCGGCAGCAGUGGAGGUGGCGGUGGUGGCGGAGGGAGCGGAGGCGGCGGAGGUGGCGGAGGAGGCGGAGGUGGAGGAGGCGGCGGAGGCGGCGGUGGCUGUGGAGUGGGUUGCGACUCUGCGCUGAGGAGUGGCUCAAGUGGUGGUCCGCGCCAGCAGCAGCGGACUAGUUGCGGAGGCCCGCACUCCACCCAGCACUGCUUCGGUCGCCUAACGGACGGGUGGCGUCGCCAGUUCCCUGAGGCGUCAAAGAUCCCUCGCUGGGGAGAUCUGUCUAGGGCGGGGGUUGCCGUCUUUGUUCUUGACUAUGAUGCUAUCCUUGCUGCCAUGUAUUCUGUGACUACUAGUGUUCAGGGUGACUGUUACCUGUGUGUACCGCCUGACCCAAGCAUUGAAGCUGCUGCUCUAGGUGCUAGUGCGUCAGCUUCCCCAGGUGCCGGUGCGUCUGCUGCCCCAGGUGCCAGUGCGUCUGCUGACCCAAGUGCUGGUGAGUCUACGCUCUCAGGUACUACGUCGGCUCAGACCUUCCACACCUUCACCCUUGACUCGGGUGCGUCCCGCUCCUUCUUUCAAGACCACACCACUCUUACGCCACUCAGUCAGCCGGUUGCAGUCUCCUUGGCAGACCCCUCUGGGGGUACUAUCCUGGCUAGCUUCUCCACUGUCUUACCGUGCUCGGCAGCCCCCUCUGGCACCCUGUUAGGUCUCUACCUCCCCUCGUUCUCUACGAACUUGGUGUGUCCCAGGUAG